AUGCGUGUCGCAACCACCCUCGCUCUCGCGGCCAGCUUCGGCGCAACCUUGGCUCAAGAGACCUACCUUGGCUUCAAUUCCGGCGCAACUUUUGACGACAGCAAAGCGAAAACGCAGGCCGAUUUCGAGAAGGAGUUUACGACUGCGAAGAACUUGAAGGGUGCCGUCGGGCAAUUUACCAGCGCCCGCUUGUACACCAAUGUCCAAUCUGGAACGGAGGACACGCCGAUCGCAGCGUUCCCUGCCGCCAUCAAGACUAAAACCAAGCUCCUGCUCGGAAUCUGGUGCUCGGGAACCACUUCCAUCGACAAGGAGUUGGAGGUGCUCACCAAGGCUAUUGAUCAGUAUGGAAAGGACUUCACUGACCUAGUUGUCGGCCUUUCGGUUGGCAGCGAAGAUAUGUAUCGCGUGUCAGAGCCUGGUAUCAAGAACAAGGCCGGCGUUGGCCAGGAAGCAACCAUGAUCGUCAAAUUCGUCAAGGCUGCCCGAUCUAAGUUGAGUGGGACGGCCUUGGGCUCCAUUCCCAUCGGCCAUGUCGAUACCUGGACUGCAUGGACGAACGGUUCCAACAAGGCCGUCAUUAACGAGGUUGACUUCAUCGGAACCAACCUUUUCCCGUACUACGAGAGCGACCGAGGCGACAACGACAUCUCCAAGGCCGGCGAGCUCUUCGAUAAAGCUAUCUCAGCAACGGAGGGCGUAGCAGGCAAAAAGCCAAUCUGGAUCACCGAGACAGGUUGGCCAACCACUGGCCCCACAUUUGGAAAAGCCACGGCAACAAUGAAGAACGCAGAGUCGUACUGGCAAGACGUAGGCUGCAAGCUAUUCGGAAAGCAGAACACCUGGUGGUAUGUCCUGCAGGAUUCUAACCCGGACAACGAGGCCAAGUUCGGCAUCACUAAGGAAUUCAACACCACUCCCCAAUACAACCUCACCUGCGCGGCGGAGGUAGCAACCCCUACCAGCAGUGGAACUCCAACUUCAACACCUACAUCGACGGCAGGUGCUGGCCAGAGCCAGAACGGAACCACCGAGAACAAUGGGAACGGCAACGGAGGAAACGGAGCCCCUGGUGCCGGAAGCAUCGCUUCCGUCUCUCUGUUCAACGCUGUCUCGAUUGGAUUGUCGAUUGCAUUCGCUAUGGCAGCUUGGGCCGCUUAG